AUGACCAGAUGCUCUCUUGCUUUAUCUUUUCUUGGAAAGAUUGUUAAGCUUGGGUAUUAUCAUGAGCCUCUUAGCUCGUUGCUCCAUUACAGGAAUGCAAAACCGGAUAUCGAAAUCUACAACUCUGUCACUGUGGCUCUUUGCAAAAGCAGAUAUGUGAAUGAUGCUCUCCAAGUAUUCUACCAAAUGGAGAACAAAGGGUUCAUACCGAGUCUUGUUACAUACAACUCUCUGAUUAGGCGUCUUUGUAAGUCUGGAAGACGGAGUGAAGCCACUGGUUUACUUUGCGAUAUGAUCACCAAGAAAAUCCAUCCUAAUCUCAUCACUUUCAAUGGAUUGAUCCAUGCAUCUGUGAAAAAAGGCAAUGUUUUAGAGGCUAAAGAAUUUUACAAGGAGAUGAUCCGUAGGUCUAUCGAUCCAGAUAUCCGCAUUUACAAUUCACUCAUCAAUGGACUUUGUAUGCACAGUCGCCUUGAUGAAGCCAAAAAGACGCUUAACUUCAUGGUAACAAAGGGUUGCCUCCCAAAUGUGGUGACGUAUAAUACUCUCAUAAAAGGAUUUUGCAAGUCUAACAAUGUACAUGAUGGGAUUCAACUCUUGUGCGAGAUGGCUCGUGAAGGAAUAUGUGGCGACACAUUCACUUACAACAGUCUUAUCCAUGGUUUUUGUCAAGCUGGGAAAUUUAAUGUCGCUCAAAAGGUUAUGAGACACAUGUCUGAGUCUUGCGUGCCUCGUGAUAUCAUUACCUUCAACAUUUUGUUAGGCUUUCUAUGUGAUACUGGCGAGAUAGAGAAAGCAAUGGCGAUAUUCAGGGGAGAUAUGGAAAAUAAUGAAAUCGAGUUUGAUACAAUCACAUAUAAUUCAAUGAUCAAUGGAUUUUGCAAACACAAUCGGAUAAGAGGGUAG